AGGAAAACCAGAAUGGCAGAAAAUUGGAAGUGUUGAACGUUGUACAACAAACAAUUGCUGCUUACAUAAUCCGAAAGUGCAAACGGAUAGUUCAUCGUCCGCUACUUCCAAUUCCAAAUUAGCUGAACAUAUUGAAACCAUGGAUAAAAAUACUGAUAUCAUCAAAACAGAAGUUAGCUGGCAAGAAAAAAAGCAAUCAAUAGCAACAACAUCAAAAUUUCAAAUGUUUCAAAGAAUGAAUUCAUAUCAACAGCUAGGCGAACAGUAUGCCAACAAAGCGGCACGAAUAUUUCAAAAUUUGUGUAGCGCUUUUUACAGUAUCCUGGAAGGUAUUAGUACUAUAAUAGUGCAUUUCAUCGUAUGGCUUUAUUCGAUUAUCCACGAAUGGCUUGUUAGCUCAGGCAAUUCGACAAUAAUUUCCGGAACUCCAACGGGAAGCAUCCAUAAUCAGAAACAAAUGCAAAAUGCAUUCGUUGAAACGACUAAUGAAAAUGUCCAGGUCGAAUUACGACAACGAAAUAAGCAACAGGAAAUACAACAACAACAACAACAACAACAGUCUUUUUCAACAGAAGGUUCACAUGUUGCUGUUUCAGUGGUAAAUCCACCACCACAACCAUUACAACUACCACCACCACCACCAACAACAUCUUCUCUCUCUCUUUCAUUACCAGCUUUUAAAACAGUAACAUCGGCAACAAGCACAAAAGACAAUGAGAAAGUACCACCAAAAGGUGGUGUUGCUGUUUUGCCACUUGAUAUUAUGGCUGAAGCUCAUGCUCGAGUCAAAGAACGUGAACUAAAGUUAAGUGAGCAAAAAGUUGAACCACAGGAGAAUAACGAGAUGAAUGGAGAUUGGACAGUAACAAGUAAGAGAUUUAUACCUCUCAAAUGGAAAGCGCCAACAUCAAAAGUAGAAGAGGGAUUGACAGUCGAGAAUAAAGCAAAUAAAAAUAAUGAAACGCUGAAACCAGCAAGAAGGAAUAUUGUUUCCAGAAUAAGUCGAUCAUCUGAUCAGGAUGCUCAAUUUAUUUUCCGUGCACCUACGCAUCAAAAUAUAUCAUCAAAUCGGUUACCAGAUGGUAAUUUUUUGAUGGGUCGAAGUGUUUUUUCGCCAGUACGAGAAGCGGAAGAGAUGCGUGAUAGAGUAAAUCAACGAAUGACAGAAACUCCUUCGGAAAGUUUCUUCGGUUCACGCUUAAAUACGCCUCUAGAUGAUUUUUUGACGACAUCACGUAUAAAUACGCCAUUUGAAGCAACUGCAGAUUCGCAUGUAGAUUCAUAUUCAGGUUAUCCAGCCAGUCGUUCACGUUCACAAUCUCGAAUACACACUAUCUUCUCACCUCCACUCACUACUAACCAAAUACAUUCUCCAAGGAGAGAUGAAAGUGGGAUAAAUAUGCUAAGGCAACGUUCCAGAACGGUGGAACCCCGAUUAGCAGAAGGUACCGUAAAAGCUCUUACCAGACAGUGGCCACCUCAAAGUAAUGCGACUGGCGUAUUUGUAGCUAAAGAUAAUUGGAAUAUUAUUCCUGUUGAAAUCGUUUCAUGUCGCAGUAAGUAUUGUCUUUAA